AUCACCAUUCUAUCUGGGAAGAAGAUCGAUCGAUUGAUCAGAAUCAUCAUUAUCCAUCAAGAUGUCUGGGCCUCAAUGCUGUGAGAAUCCACCCACUUUGGAUCCAAGCGCCGGAGUUGGGUCGGUGGUGGAGCUGGGCGGCCUCAACUCAUAUGUUACCGGUUCUUCCGAUUCCAACCUCGCUAUCCUCCUCGCCUCCGACGUUUUUGGUUUUGAAGCUCCAAAUCUCAGGAAGAUAGCUGACAAAGUUGCAGCUAAUGGAUAUUAUGUUGUGGUUCCUGAUUUCUUCUAUGGAGAUCCCUAUGUUUCUGGCAGUUCUACCGAUGACUGGCUUCAAGAGCAUGGAACAGAAAAAGGAUUUGAAGACGCGAAAUCUGUAAUUGCUGCUCUAAAGAGCAAAGGAAUCUCUUCCAUAGGAGCUGCAGGAUACUGCUGGGGUGCUAAGCCUGUUGUGCAGCUGGCUCAGUCUAAGGAUUAUAUUGAAGCUGCAGUUUUAUUGCACCCAUCAUUUCUUACAGGGGAUGAUUUCAAGGAGGUGAAGGUUCCUAUUGCUAUUUUGGGGGCUGAACUUGACCAAUUAACUCCACCAGAGAUUAUUAAAGAAUUUGAAGAGAUCCUUUCAUCACAAUCUGAGGUGGAUUACUUUGUGAAAAUCUUCCCUGGUGUUGGCCAUGGAUGGACCAUAAGGUACAAUGAUGAAGAUGAGAAGGCUGUGCAGAGUGCUGAAGAAGCCUAUCAAGACAUGUUGAAUUGGUUUAUCAAGAACAUCAAGAACUAAUAAUGUUUUUAGUACAAUUAAGUGUUUGAAUGUACUUUGCCGGCUAAACUAAUGUAAUUUUUAGUACAAUCAGGUGUUUGAAUUUGUCAAGUA